UAUGCUUGUGUGGGUGAGAAGAAGCCGGACGAUGUUGCUUGGUGUUGUUUCCGCCAGCCUUGAUCAGGCUUUAGUUUCACAGUAGUUGUGCCGCUACCUGUCUCUGAGGAUGUACGGCGAUGGAGAAGGCACCAUGUGGGACCGGGUUGGACGACCCCACCGGGACUGCAUGUGCUACCUCGGACCUCCUACCACUUUGAUGCCGAUCGGGAUGCGUAAGUCGCCCGACGUGAGCCCCAGAAGGCUUUCGGACAUCAGCCCACAGCUCAGACAGCUCAAGUACCUAGUGGUGGACGAGGCCAUCAAAGAGGACCUGAAGUCCUCCCGUUCAGUCGAGGACAUCAACAGUGCGUCCAUUGAGGAGCGAAUAUUGCGGAUCACCGGCUACUAUGGAUACCAGCCCUGGAGUACAAGCUACAAAAGAGAAGAUCGGACCAGGGAGAAUGUGGUGGGCACCACAGAUUCACAGUCGGCUGGAGCAGCUGGGACAGAGUCCGGCUCUAACAGAUGGAGGCUCCACUGUUGCAUCCGUGUAACAGCAGUACAGGUGCAGAAGGCCCUGUGGGGGGUUGCCAUGGUGAUGUGCGUGUGCUCGUCAUGGGCAGGCUCCACCCAGCUAGCCAAGCUGACCUUUAAGCAGUUUGAUGCGCCGUUCACCCUCACCUGGUUCGCCACCACCUGGAACUGCCUCUUCUUCCCUCUUUACUACGUUGGCCACCUGUGCAAGAGUCCAGAGAGGCAGACGCCGAGGCAGAGAUUCAGGGAGUGUAGCAGGUUUUUCGGGGAUGACGGGCUGACACCCAAGGUGUUUUUUACCAAGGUAGCUCCCUUUGGCCUGCUGUGGAUCCUCACCAACUACCUAUACCUGCAGGCUCUCAGGAAGAUCAACACAACAGACGUGUCAGCGCUGUUCUGUUGUAACAAAGCCUUCGUCUUCCUGCUGUCUUGGAUUGUACUCAGAGACCGCUUUAUGGGGGUCAGGAUAGUGGCUGCUAUCUUGGCCAUAGCAGGCAUCGUCAUGAUGACCUAUGCAGAUGGAUUCCACAGCCACUCAGUCAUCGGCAUUACUUUGGUUGUGGCCUCUGCGUCAAUGUCAGCGCUCUACAAGGUGCUCUUCAAGAUGGUCCUAGGGAGUGCCAAAUUUGGAGAAGCUGCACUUUUUCUGAGCAUUGUUGGAGGCGCCAACUUUGUUUUCAUCAGUUUUGUGCCAGUCAUACUGUAUUUUACACAUGUGGAGUACAUCAGCUCACCUGAAGACAUUCCCUGGGCUUACCUCUGUGGAGUUGCAGCCCUGAUAUUUGCUUUCAACGUCUUGGUGAACUUUGGCAUUGCGAUAACAUACCCAACGUUAAUUUCCCUCGGCAUCGUCCUAAGUGUCCCUGUAAAUGCCAUGGUGGACCUCUACACAUGUGAAAUCCGUUUCAACACAGUUCGCCUUAUUGCUGUGUUCAUCAUCUGCCUGGGUUUCCUUAUGCUGCUGUUACCUGAAGACUGGGACCAGUGCAUCAUCCAGCUCAGCACAAAGCUGCGUAAACAUGAUGAGCCAGCAGAGGGCAACAGCGAGUCAGGCGCCACCACAGGGCUCAACUGGAGAGGGAGAAGCAGGACCUCCAUGACAACAUUUGCACAUUAACUCCAUGAAAUGUGACAAUACAAACACACACAGACACAGGAAGGGAGGCAUAUUAACAAAUUUGAUCUGCGCGGUUCCUUGCCUUUUGUUUCAUGCAGCUCAUUGGGGGAAUUAAACCCACAAAAACUCUAAUUUGGACUGCCCUCUGAUCAGUAAUUCAACCAAGAGGAGACGUAUGAGGCUCAGGUGGUGUAGCACUCAUGUGACAUCUAUUCCCGCAGCUUGUAUAAGAUGGUUCAAGGACAUCAAAUCAGUUGAAAUCUUUCAUACCAAAAAAAGUGAUCAGGUAUAACUGAGUCAUGUAAUUUUGCAGUACCUUCUAAUAGUUCUAUUGACUUGUUACAUUCUGAGAUUUUUCAGUUAUGAAGAAAGAAAAAAAAAAAGGACAAACGUCUUCCAUGUCAGGCCUAACAUGUAAACAUGAAUGAAUCAAAGAAUGCCUGAGAACAAUUAGGAACAUUACAUUCUUCAGAUUUAAUGUUAACAAAAGAUAUUUGCCUUUGGUGCACUGUACAUAAUAUCUCACACCAUGGGAUGUUUUGGAGCUGCGGACCUGAUCGGCUCUUGAGGGGACCCGUCUGGAUGUCUGAGGACCAGCCUUAGCUUAUGAGGCAUUUUACAUUGUUCUGAGGUCAGGUUCCUUUUAACAACGCAGCUUGGCCUCCUGUGGUUAUGUGCUUUCCAUGGGAUAAACUCCCAUCUUUCACUGCUCACCCAUUAGUAAGGACCACCUGAUCAUGAAAUAUUUAAACCAGUGUCUCUAAAGCAUUUGGUUUCAGUGCAUGAGAUGGCCUAGAUAUGUAUUUUUAAUUCCUAAUUCUCAUAACUAAAGCUUCAGGUAUCCAAAUCAUAAAACGAGCUAAACGCUUACCUGCUAAAUGAAAACUUGGAAGUACCCCUUUAAUCACUAUGAACAUCAAUGAAAGCCUUCACAGCCUCCCUUUGAAUCCCUGUGAUAUUUAGCUUUCUACAUUCAUGUGCACUCAAACAGAUCUGUGGCAGUUCGGUGAAAUUCUUUUAUUUCUGCUGAAAACAACAGCUAGUAAACAACUGUCUCACUGUGGUGGAGACGGUUUGACACACGUCUCGCAUUUCUUCAGCCCAUCUCAAAGGAAAAAAAGAAAUAUGUCUUACUGUAUCUGUUUUUAUUUAUCACAUUUCUGAGGCAGGUUAACAACCAAGAUACCGAGAGCAGCACCUCGUAAAGCAACUGGUGUAAACUCUGCCUUGCUGUGAAUGUAUGAACAUCAACCACACAUGCUUACUGUUUCAUACAGUGCCACCACAGACUGCUGCAGAGAGAGACUCUUUAAUACUGUCCUUCUUGUACUCAUCGGAAUGAGUUGCUUUUAUUUAUUUUUUUUUUAUUUAUUUAUUUAUUUUUGGAAAGAAACUCUUGAUGCAUUGCAGAGGACUUUUUAUAUUUUUGCAUUUGUUUGCUGACUAACCUCAAGGAGGACAAUGAUUCACAUCCACAGACUGAGCAUGCAUAUACUGUAUAAGCAGAUACAGCUGGAAAGUCCACUUCACUGCCUUUUUUUCUCUUCUUUGCAAUAGAGUACAUUAGCACUGUUUCCCAUUGUCAUUCUCUAUGACAAUAAAUAAUAAUAUUGUAUUCCUCUGGAAUUAUUGCAAGACAUAAAUGUAAACCUUUGUAAGGAAUGACAAUUUUUACACUGAGAUGCAACAUAUGAUUAUCACAUUUGAGGAAGAACUAUUAGAGCGUUAAUGAAGGAUGGGUUUAUUCUAUUUACUGUGGGGUGUCUUCAAGUGUAAUCACAUGUACUAUAUAAAAAGAUUUCUUUUCAA